GCGUAGCUUCAUUAAUAAUACGUUCGUCAAAAACAAAAGACGAAUAAAAACGAUAUAUUUUUAACUAUAUAUUUCAAUUGCUACAAGUAAUUUUAAAUUAUUAAAUAUAUAAAUAUACGUAUAAAUAGUUAAAAGGUGAAAAUGAAUUCAUUUACAUUGUUAUAUUUAAUUGUGUCGAUAUUUAUAAUUUGUGAUGCCUUCCCAAUAACAUCUAGUGCUGAGGAUACUCCUUGUGUAAACUGCGUGUCUGAUGAGACAAAAUCACGACCAAAACGGCACUUGAAAUAUAUACUUGGAGCUCUCGGUAGACUUGUUGUCGAUGUUAUACAUGAGACCCGCGUUUAUGCACAACAACGACGCUGGCAACGAGAGCACCAAAAAUUGAACACAAUUGCAAUCAUCGGCAAUGGAUACGGCAAUAAGAACCAUAUACAUAUAUCAGUACCUAAUGUUAAUCCAUACUAUAAAUAAAAUAUUAUAAAAUACUUAAAUUUUUAUAUUAGACGCGCGAUCAAAUUUUUUGUCGAAACAUAUAUGUUUGAAAUAUUAUUUUUCACGAAAAGAAAAUGCAAGACGCGCCUAAAUUUUUUUAUUGUUAUACAAAUAAAACGAAAGGCUAUAAUAAAUCCCGAAAAUCAGCCCUCGAUUAAUAAAUAUAAUUAAUUAUC